UGGUGUUUCAAAUCCUAUCCGAAGUUCCUUAUACCGUGUUUACACUCAAAGGAUUAGAAUGCAAUAUAUAAUAACUCAGUAGCUACUAGUUGUAGUUCAACCUCCUUCCUCCAUAUACGUUUAUUCUAUCUCACUUUCCUAUUACAGUAUCUUUACCUCAAUGGCACCAAGUUCUGCAGUGCCAGAUGAACAGGUUGUUGUUGGAGAGGAGAUUGAGCAUGUAAGAGUGGUCACUUUGAACAGGCCAAGGCAAUUGAAUGCCAUCUCACCAGAACUGGUUUCUCAGCUAGCAACAUAUUUGGAAAAGUGGGAGAAGGAUGAGAAAGCAGAACUAGUUAUUAUAAAGGGAGCUGGUCGGGCUUUUUGUGCUGGAGGAGAUUUGAGAGUCUUCUAUGAUGGAAGAAAAAUAAAGGAUGCCUGCCUUGAAGUGGUCUACAGAUUUUACUGGCUUUGCUAUCACAUUAGUACCUAUAAGAAAACCCAGGUUGCGCUUGUUCAUGGAAUUUCAAUGGGUGGAGGUGCAGCUUUGAUGGUCCCAUUGAAGUUCUCAGUUGUAACAGAAAAAACUGUUUUUGCCACUCCUGAAGCAAGUUUUGGAUUUCAUACUGAUUGUGGUUUCUCAUACUACCAUUCUCGUUUACCUGGGUAUUUAGGUGAAUACUUGGCACUUACUGGAGGAAGGUUGAGUGGGAAGGAAAUAGUUGCUGUUGGAGUGGCAACCCAUUUUGUCCCUUAUGAGAAAAUUGUUGAGCUAGAGAAGCGCCUGAUUAGCUUGAAUUCUGGUGAUGAGAAUGCUGUAAGAUCAGUAAUUGAAGAAUUUUCUUCAGAAGUUAAACUGGAUGAAGAGAGUAUCUUAAACAAGCAGUCAAUAAUUAAUGAGUGCUUCUCAAAGGAUUCUUUAGAAGAAAUUAUAAAAUCAUUGGAAGCUGAAGCAUACAAGGAAGGAAAUGGAUGGAUAGAUGCAGUUUUAAAAGGAAUGAAAAGAUCAUCACCAACUGCAUUGAAAAUAGCAUUAAGAUCGGUUCGUGAAGGAAGGAAUCAAACACUACCUGAAUGCUUAAAAAAGGAAUUCAGAUUAACAAUGAAUAUACUGCGAACUACAAUAUCUAAGGAUAUGUAUGAGGGUAUUAGAGCUCUCACCAUUGACAAGGAUAAUACUCCAAAGUGGGAACCUUCAUCGCUUGACAAAGUAGAGGAUGGAAAGUUGGACUUGAUCUUUCAGCCAUUUGAGAAGAAUUUGGAGCUGCAAAUUCCAGAAAGUGAGGAAUACAGGUGGGAUGGUAAAUAUGAGAAUUCAGCUUAUGCUCUUCCAAAUUGAGAAAUUCCUAUGUCUGUUAAAUGUUGCUUCUUUUAGAAUUCCCCCAAAAAUAUGUCAUGGAUUUCUGUACUUUCUGGUAUGCAUUAAUCCAGGCUACUUUUUGAGUUCUUGAACAAAUUUCAACAGAUGAAAGAAGUUCAUGAAGAGUAGUCCUCUAAGUUUGGAGUAUUAAUUUUUGGUGUACAAUGACAAUACCAAGAUUUGAACUUAGAAUUUUAUGCAAAUUACUCAAACUCCUUACUACUAAGCUGUUGUGGGUUGAAUGGUUUCAUGAUACGAGAGAGCAUUGAUAAGCUGGUUGUUGCUUCUUGCACUUGCUCUAUUGCUUCCUCCACAUUUUAUUGCAUUUGGAAAGCCCAUUCUAAGGUCCCGGUUGGAUCAGUCGGACUGAACUCAGUCUCACAACUAUGCCAAUUUGUAUUAUGCAUACUUUAAUUUUUAAAUUCUUGGGUACAACUUUAAUUUAUAA